AUGUUACCAAAGGUAGAGGCUGCUCAGCAACUGACAGAUCUCAGGCCAAUAAGUUUGUGCAAUGUCUCUAGCAAAAUUCUGUGUAAGAUUUUGAAUGCUAGAUUGGCUAGGUUUUUACCAAAGAUCAUCUCCAACAAUCAGUCAAGCUUCAUUAAAGGUAGAAUGAUAUCUGAAAACAUUCUAUUAUCACAAGAAAUUAUCAGAGAUAUUCACAAACCUAAGAAGGGAGAAAAUGUGGUGAUGAAGUUGGAUAUGGCCAAGGCAUAUGAUAGGGUAGCCUGGCCACAUUUGUAUAAACUAAUGAGAAGGCUGAGGUUCUCAGAAGGUUGGAGCAGAAGGGGUUAUAAGGGCUUCUAUAUGGCAGAACAUGGACCACAAAUCAAUCAUCUUACCUUUGCAGAUGAUAUGAUCAUAUUCAUGAGUAGGCACAAGAAAAGCAUCAGGUUGAUCAUGAAGACUUUAGCCACAUAUGAAGCAACAUCUGGGCAAAAGAUAAACAAAACUAAGAGUUGCUUUAUGGUUGCAUCAGGGGUUCCAGUUUGGAUGAAGCACAGAAUAUCCAGGAGCAUUAUUCAAACUGAUGGAAGAAGAAGCCCACAAGUAGAUGUCAGAUUGAGAAAGAUGAUAGAAGGUGGGAUAGGGCAAGUAUUAAGGGAUGUGGAAUUACUAGAAGAAGUGGAAAGCAUACUACACCAGCAACAGCUAAUAGUGUCACAUGGGGUGCAAGAAAAAGCAAUAUGGAAAGCAACCAGCUCUGGUUCCUUUUCUGUUGCAUCAGUAUGGCAAUAG